AGCCACAGUCAGUCCGUUCGUGGCCCCCGUAGUUUGUGUGUCGUCGUCGUCGUCGUGGUGGUUUCGAUCCACCAGAUCCAGCCAGAGGAAAAUCAACCCCCAACGAUUGGAAGGGAGAAAGAAAAAACCUUGCGGAUUCCUUGCGUGCGGAUUCAACGCAGGCCAUGACUUGAAGCGAGCUGGGUCGCGCGAUUCUGGAAGGUUGGAAGCAGUAGUAGGCUGGUCAAUCCGGACAAAGUUCCCUGCACACUGGUGGUGGCGCCCUCUUCCGUACCAGGUUCCGCUUGAAAUUCACCCACCACGAUUUCCCGUUUGGUGUUGAAGAAUUUUAGGUGUUUUCCUUGCGCGAUAUACGAGAGCAACGCGGUUACAAGUGUGUGCGUCGUGAGUGUGAGGCAAAUCAGUGUGGAGCGCGCGCUGGAGCAACAGAGGAAGAGCCCCACCACUCUUUUGCGAGAGCCGUGUACAAUCGCACUCAACUAGUGUAGUGAUUAGGGAGAAAGAGAUUUUCCUUUAGAAGAAGAAAAAAAAAUCUAAAACAAGCGAAAAGUGAGAGAGCGCGUGCUCCAGGAGCAAUAGAGAGAGAGAGAGCAAUACCAAGAAGCAGUGGUGCAAGUGUGAGCGAGCGCGCUCGCCAGUGCAUACUAUCCUAGUAGGCUCGCGUGCGAUAAGAACCAACGUGGGAGUGUGCGAGUAACCAGCUGCGAGAGAGCAAAGAGAGCGCGAGCGCUCUCUCUUUCUGAUUUGAAGAUUUUGGGGCGAAAGGACGAUUCGCUGGAUUUGCUCCAACAAGAAGAACAACAGGAUUAUCGAUAGCAGCAACCUGGGAGCAGAACCCCAAACACACACACGUUCACAAACUAAUCGACCAGGACUAACCUCGAACAACUCGAUUUGUUACACCCCUCUCCCGCCGCGGCAUCCGUCAGCUGAAAAUGUCCCGGUGCUAGUAAUGCGCUGCUGAUCGUUGAAUCCGGCCGCAGAAUCAUCCAAGUGGGCUCUGCCGUUUGAUGGACCAGCAGAAGCGUUAGCGAAUAAAAAAAAGGGAGCGUUAGCAGCGAUACUUGAGCAGCAACAGCGGCGGCGAGCGUACUGUGUUUCGAGGGGAGAGUAGAUUUUCGGUACUUGUAGAGAGAAAGAGAGAACGAGCAGCAAGAUGUCUUCGCAAACGGCAAGCCAGCAACAAUCAACCAAUGCAACAACACCACAGUCGGCGACGGCGCAGCAGGCGGCGUCGGGUUCGUGCGGCAACGACCGGAUCAUCGACAGCGUUCCGUUUCCGCCGAAGCACAAGCUAACGCUGGCGGAGGUGUUUGACCCGCACACCGGCAAGCCCCGCCCGGAGGUGCUGAAGCAGCACUUUAUCCUGGAGGGCCGGAUCGAGGAGAACGCCGCGUUGCGGAUCAUCCAGGACGGGGCGGGGAUCCUGAAGGCGGAGAGCACCAUGAUCGACAUCGAGGCCCCGGUCACGGUGUGCGGCGACAUUCAUGGGCAGUUUUACGAUCUGAUGAAGCUGUUCGAGAUCGGGGGAUCGCCGGCUUCGACCAAAUAUCUGUUUCUGGGCGAUUACGUUGAUCGCGGGUACUUUAGUAUAGAGUGCGUCCUGUACCUGUGGGCGCUGAAGCUGUGCUACCCGACGACACUGUUUCUGCUGCGGGGCAAUCACGAGUGCCGGCAUCUGACGGAAUACUUCACCUUCAAGCAGGAGUGCAAGAUCAAAUACUCGGAACGGGUGUACGACGCGUGCAUGGACGCGUUCGACUGCCUUCCGCUGGCGGCACUCAUGAAUCAGCAAUUCCUCUGUGUUCACGGUGGCCUCUCGCCGGAGAUCCAGGAGCUGGACGACAUCCGGAAGCUGGACCGGUUCAAAGAACCGCCCGCCUUCGGACCGAUGUGCGACCUGCUGUGGUCCGACCCGCUCGAGGACUUUGGCAACGAGAAGAACUCGGACUUUUACUCGCACAACACGGUGCGCGGCUGUUCGUACUUCUACAGCUACAAAGCCUGCUGUGACUUCCUGCAGAACAACAAGCUCCUAUCGAUCAUCCGGGCCCACGAAGCGCAGGACGCUGGCUACCGCAUGUACCGGAAGAGCUCGACGACCGGUUUCCCCUCGCUGAUCACAAUCUUCUCCGCUCCAAACUACCUGGACGUCUACAACAACAAGGCCGCCGUGUUAAAGUACGAAAACAACGUGAUGAACAUCCGGCAGUUCAACUGCUCCCCGCACCCGUACUGGCUUCCCAACUUCAUGGACGUCUUUACCUGGUCGCUGCCGUUCGUCGGCGAGAAGGUCACCGAGAUGCUCGUCAACGUACUUAACAUCUGCUCGGACGACGAGCUCAUCUGCGAGGGCGACGACAGCCUCGAGGAGGCGAACGCCCGCAAGGAGGUCAUCCGGAACAAGAUCCGCGCCAUCGGCAAGAUGGCCCGCGUCUUCUCCGUACUGCGCGAGGAGUCCGAGUCCGUGCUGCAACUCAAGGGGCUCACCCCGACCGGUGCCCUCCCGCUGGGGGCCCUCUCCGGCGGCAAGCAGUCCCUUCACAACGCCCUGCAAGGCUUCUCGCCCAACCACAAGAUCACGUCGUUCGCCGAGGCCAAGGGUCUGGACGCGAUCAACGAGCGGAUGCCACCGAGGCGCGACACCACGCCAACACCAAGCGACGAAAAGUCCAUAUCGCUGACGGCACCCAAAUAAUCAGCUUCGCCGCCGCCGUCGUCGUCGUCGCCGCAGCCGUCACCGUCAACCCAGUUCAGAUAGCAACACAUCCACACACACACACACGCAGACACAAACACUCACACACACACACACGCAUAAUAAAAAAAGAUAUAUUAUAAUUGAAGCUACUAAACAACAAGAAAAAAAACUAUUAUAAUAAAUUAUGAGAAAAAAAAAAGAAGAAAAAAUUAAAACAUAAGUAAAGAAAAUCCACUAAUAACUUAUAUUUGAAAGAGAGAGAAAGAGUAAACAAAAAAACGCCCCCGCCCCCGCCCCCACAGAAACAAAAAAAUCACAUUAACGAAACGAAGCUAUCUUCGCGAUAUUCAGCAAAGCAAAACAACAACAAACAACCAAAACAAAACAAGUGUAAUACGAUGUUAUCAAUCAAGCAAAGCAAACAAAACCGCAAUACAGAAA